AUGACCAUUCGACUUCACAGAUCCAAGCUAUCAACCUGUACGCAGAGAGUAAUGCUCGUGUUGAACGGACUUGACCUGCCAUACAAUUUGAUUGACGUCGAUAUUGGUCAAGGUGAACACGAGGGGUUUGUCCAUGACAUACAUCCUUUUGGCAAGCUUCCAGCCGUUGAGGACGGUACUCUGCACGUGUUUGAGUCUAGAGCCAUUUGCAAGUAUCUGGUUGCAUUUUCGGACUCGGUGCUGCUGUCUCCGGUAGACUCUAGAGAGCUCGCUGCGCUUGAACAGGCCGCAUUAGUCGAACACUCAUACUUCAACACGAGUUUUUCCAAGCUUGCAUGCGAGAGAAUCUUCGAACAGUGGAUGAUGUCCCAAUUACCGCCGACCACAGAGAACUUCAAAGAAGUGCUUGAUCACUAUGAGAAGCUUCUUGCCAGUCAACCAUACUUGACCAAAUGCUCGCGUGUGGAUAUGAACCAUCUUGCGUGGCUACAUACUCUUUCCCACCUUUCGAUGGAGCAUGAAAUCAGCUCUCGGGGCAAGGUUGCAGCUUGGUAUCAGAGGAUGCAGCAACGGCCGGCAUGGCAAAAGGUCCUGAGCGGGAUUACUGCAUGA